AUGUCAAAAGUUUUAGUUGAAGCUACAGAAAAAAAUUUAUUCUUUUUCUCACAAACCAUAAGGGCAUCGCGACUCAUCUUCUCCCUCUCAUCCUCUCAUCUUCUCACCGGCGUUCCCUGCAGGUGUCGUCUCUCCGGAAACCGCUUUCCUUUCCGUCACUCUACAUCUCACUUCCUUCUCAGCUGCCACAGAGAUCCUAGACUAGCUCGUGUGGUGCUAUUUUGCAGCAGAAGCAUACAUCCAUAUUCGGAUCUUCCGCUCUCUCAUCCUCUUCUCGUUUUUCUUCCUGAUCUCGUCCCUGCUUCCUCUAAGACCUGCAACUGGAGUUAUCCUCCUUCGAGACUUAAAAGAUUUUGCCUUAUGGAAUUGAAACUUGGAUUAGAGAUGGUUGUGGUUGGUAGGGAAUUGAAACUUGGAUUAGAGAGCGUUAGAGUUUUGUUUCAGUACUUUGGGAGAGUUGCAUAGAAAGACAAGUGCUCAAUGGGGGAUUGUUUUUGAAACUCAGGUUCCUCUUUCGCUUCCUCUUUUAAUGCUUUUUUAUCAAGUUCUAUUGUUUUGUGACUUAGCAUUAUGUGAACCUUAUUUGAUCUAUGUGUACGUGUGUGUGCGUGCGCGCGCGCGCAUGUAUCAGAGAAGUUCAAGAAGAGCAUAACAUUAAGGAGAUAACGAGGACCAUACAUAUAUAUGAAGAAGAGAACCCUACAAAAUAAUUGAAGAGCAUAAGUUUACUUUAUAAAUAUUCAUGGUUGCUGAACUAUGUUACACAUUGUAAUAUUACAAUUUAUGUAAAAAAAAUGAUUUGUUAGUACUAAUAAUUGUUAUUUAGGUGAA